AUGAGUGAGAUGCAGGUUCAGUUUGGACCAUUCCUUCCAGGACAGACGGCGCAGGAGGAAGACGAGGAGGGUGCCGACAUGCCUCCCCCGCCUCCCCCUCUUCUGUACCCUCGGGGAGUAUGUACAGCUGCUUGGGACAAGGCGAGGCUGCAGUUGGCAUUGUUGCUGUCUCGCACUGCAGCCGAUGUUGGGGCGGCUCCGUCGACAACAGCAGCGGCAGCCGCGGCUUUUCACAUGAGUUUCCCUUCAUUUUUCCACAUCGACCCUUCAGCCGUUUCCUCCAGCCUUUCCGCCUCUCUCUUUUUAUCAGCAAAGGCUGCAGAUGAAGAGUUCAAUCUCAGACGGGUCAUUGCUUCUCUUGGAUUUUGCAGCCACCAUGCCUCAGGAGCGGCGGAAGAACGCCGGAGGCAACAGCAUCAGCAGCAGCUCAAGCAACAUCAGCAGCAGUACGGCGGGGAAUACGUCGCCCUAGGCAUCAAGGAAUAUUGGCGUCAGAGGCAGAGUUGUUUCUUAGAAGAGCAGAGGCUUAUGCAGGCUCUGGCUUUCACUUUUCCAAACCCAACCAUUUGGCAGCAGCUACCUCUGUUGCUGCUGCUCUCUCGGCCUGCGGCCGCAGAAGCUGCUAUUACAGCGGCUCUUGUUGCUGAUGCUGCUGUGGGACCUCUUAUAGCGGAAGCUGAAGAGAGGAUUGUCCUAGUUGCUGCGUGUUUGCUGGCAAGGAAGCUGGUUUGUCGAUUCCGAGACAGGAACAAGCAACAGCAGCAGCAGCAGCAACAGUGGUCGUACGCGCCAGCUUCUGCUGCAGUUUCUGCUGCUAGUGCGACGCCUGAUCAUAAAGCAGCGGCAGCAGACACAGUUCAGCUGCUCGAAGAUGAAGUCAAUGCAACUGCAGCAGCGCUACGGCCGGGAGAGGGCGACUCGCGCAGUAUGUUGCUGCGGUUGGUACCGCUGCUGCAAGGCAUCAACAGUAGCAUCGAUCAGUGCAAGGACAGUAGCAUUGAAAGCAACGGCGGGCCGUUAUGUCGGCAGCUUGUAGCAGCAGCGAAGAAGAUGCUACUGCAAUACACGCUGCUGUUGGAUGACAGCCAUGGGCAUCAGGUGUACGGGCGACUGGCUGGGGUGGGAGCUUGA